UCUGUCGGUUUCUGCAGCGGGGAAACUCCGUUUUCUUACUGAAAAAAAGAAACCUUUUUGUCUGCCAAAAUAGAAGAAGCUAUAUACAUGCUGUAUCGUAGGUUAGGCUUGUGAGAGCUGGUAUUCAAUUUGAAGUUUUCUAGGUGUUGUUGCUCUGUGCAAGUUUCUGAUAGAAGAUGAGCUCUGCAACUUUCAGCUCCAAUUUUCUUCAAACUGGGUGCCUCAGGAAGGACGGGUUUAACAAUCCGAAGGAUAAGAAGCGAAAUGUAGGGAAGGUGUUUGUUAAAUGUUCCGUGAAUACAAAAACCCAGAAGGCAGAAAAGGAAGUUCGACUUGGUGUUCUUGGAGCCAGUGGUUACACUGGUUCUGAGAUUGUUCGGCUGCUGGCAAACCAUCCUCACUUUGGCAUUACCUUGAUGACUGCUGAUAGAAAAGCUGGACAGUCGAUUGGAUCGGUGUUUCCUCAUCUGGUUUCCCAAUAUCUGCCAAAAAUGGUUGCUGUCAAGGAUGCUGAUUUUUCUGAUGUUGAUGCUGUAUUUUGUUGUUUACCACACGGAACCACACAGGAAAUUAUCAAAGGCCUUCCCAAGAGUUUAAAGAUUGUUGAUCUGUCUGCUGACUUCCGUCUACGAGAUAUCUCUGAGUAUGAAGAAUGGUACGGUCACGCACAUAGAGCACCAGAAUUGCAGAAAGAAGCUGUAUAUGGUUUGACGGAGAUUUCAAGGGAGGAGGUAAAAAGUGCACGCCUAGUUGCUAACCCUGGUUGCUAUCCAACUUCUGUUCAAAUUCCCCUUGUUCCACUGAUUAAGGCUAAUCUUGUUCAACCUAAAAAUAUUAUUAUUGACUCAAAGUCUGGUGUUAGCGGAGCAGGACGUGGUGCCAAGGAGGCAAAUUUGUACACUGAAAUAGCUGAAGGCAUAUAUUCUUAUGGCGUUACCCGUCAUCGCCAUGUUCCGGAAAUUGAGCAGGGACUAUCUGAUGCUGCAAAUUCAAAAGUAACUGUUAGUUUUACUCCACAUCUAAUGCCAAUGAGCCGUGGUAUGCAAUCAACUAUCUAUGUGGAACUGGCUCCGGGGGUAGAAGUCAAGGACUUACGCCAACAGUUGAAGUUAUCCUUUGAGGAUGAAGACUUUGUGGUUUUGUUGGAUGAAGGAAUUGUCCCUCGCACUCAUAAUACUCGAGGAUCUAAUUAUUGUUUCAUCAAUGUCUUUCCUGAUCGGAUUCCCGGAAGAGCAAUAAUAAUUUCUGUUAUUGAUAAUCUUGUCAAGGGAGCUUCAGGUCAAGCCUUACAGAAUCUUAAUGUGAUGAUGGGGUUCCCAGAAAGCACAGGGCUUCUUUAUCAGCCCUUAUUUCCUUGACAUGUUAAUUAAUCACACAUGAGUAAGCAGGUAAUUAAAGAGUAGAAAAGCCGUUUGCAGGAGCUGCGUGACUAUAUCUGGGAGUUUACUUUGGUUAUACAAGUUUAGAAAUAUGUUUUACCUGUUGUAUUUAGAGAUUUUGUAUCCUCUUAAAUGCUAGCCUGUUUGAUUUGAUGGCACUUAAUCAUGAAAUAAUUUUACACCUAUGUCUCGGUCUUACUGUUAUGCCACAGAUAGUCCAAUAAAAUUUACCAUACAA